AAUAUUUUAUAUUUUUCAGAUAAAAAUGCACAACAAUGACUACUAAAGCUCCGAAACCAAAGUUAGGACGGAGAUCAACCCUGAUUCUCAAUAGAACUGUAUCAAAGAAAGGACACCAGGGGUUUGAUGAUCUCAAAGAUUUGAUCAAAUCCGGAGAAGAUUUUUGUAAAGAAGUUUCUUCCGUCCUGGCAGAGAGAGCCGAGCUUGAGUUAUCCUACUCCAGAACUCUGUUUAAGCUCUCCUCGAAGCUGCUAAAAGCCAGCAAGGAGCGAAGUGGAACUGUCCCUAAUGCCUGGUAUUUUGUUGCAAAUGAUUUCGAACAGUCCGCGGAGAUUCAUAAAACUAUAGCAGCAGCUCUUGCAGACGAGAUAGGGAAACCUCUCAAGAACUUCCUUGAGAACCAGUACAAGUCAAGGAAGAAUAUAGAAGCCCUGGUUGAGAAAAGGAAUAAACAGUUUCAAGAAUGGAAAUCUACUCAGAACAAAGCUAAAGCAAAAUCCUACUUAUCUUGUCGUGAGAAUGAGAAGGUCCAAGAUCAACUCCUGGACUGUAAGCUGGGACGGGGUCGACAGCUCUCCGACAAGGACAACAUCAAGCUCGAGUCCAAGAGGAAGAAGAGUGAAUCCUCGGUUCGGAAAAGUGAUAUGGAAUACUACGCCAGUUGUAUCAAAACAGAGAGAUCAAGGUUGGAUUGGGAAGGAUCUAUAGUACGUGGCAGCUCUGCUCUACGUCGGCUCGAGGAGGAAAGAUCGUCCCAGCUGGCGAACAAAGCAAAACAAUAUCUCACACUCAUGAAAGAAAACAGACCGAAGUUAAAGAACCUGACCGAGCAGUUAGAGGAACCAGUUCUCCUCUGUGAUACGAGCAGAGAUAUUGCAAACCUAACCUUCGAGAUCCAGCAGGACGGGAUGGGAGAACAGAUGCUUCCUAGCUUCUAUGCUGAAGAUCUAAUGAACGUGAUGAACAGGGAAAGGCGGAGAGAAUCAAUGAGUAAAUUUGUCGGUAUAGUCAAGGCGGAUAUAGAGAGGGAAAGGAAGGGAAAAGCGGGAGUGGAGAAUCUAGCAAAAGCUCUUCAGGAAACUCCCAAGUUUGGUGGAGAAGAGAGCCAACAGGAUGUUCAGGAUAAACUUCUCCAUAUGCAGGCUAUGCUCACAUACUUAGAAGCGACGAGGUUCAAGAUACUCAAUGUUAUGAUGGAUCUUGAGGGGAAGCAGAGGGUAAACCAUCCAAUGGCAGCCUAUCUAGAUCACACAAAAGACAAGCAAGGCUUGUAUCAGAGUGUUCUCAAUAUACCGUCCUGGAUCACACCAGAGACCCAACCCGUCCCCCUGGACUGGGAGGACCGGGGGACUGCUGACGGUCGGGUUGAAACCUGGUCUCCCGGUCAUAGUCCAGCAAACAGAUCUCCUCACCUUCACACUGCCAUUGGUAUCUGCGAUGACCGUAGUCAUGUAUUUACAACAACAAAUCCUAUUCUAUACAGUCCACAAGCAGAGGAUCUGCUGAGCAGGGGCAGAGCAGACGGAGGAUUAGAGACGGAUGUAACAAUCUUAAACUAUUCGAGGGAUGAUGAUCCAGGAACUCCGCUACCUGAUCCUGAACCUGACAGUGAUUUCGACGAGUUUGAUAGUACGGAGGAGGAUGUAUCUCAGGAUAUAUCUCCGAGUAGUCAGGAUAAUGAGAUCCAUGAGAUCUACUACCAGGAGAAGCAGGUUGCGGUUAUAGGACAGUGUAGAGCUGUGUACGACUACACAGCGAAUAUGUAUGAUGAGCUGAGUAUUAAAUACGGAGAUAUCAUCAAUAUUCAUGACAAGCAGGAGGAUGACUGGUGGCUGGGAGAAUGUGACGGCAAGGUCGGCAUUUUCCCAGCAACUUAUGUUGAAGUUAUUUGAUCUAGUUUAUAAACAAAUUUGUUACAUUUAUAUGCCAGCAUUUUCUUAUUAAAUAUAUAUUGUUUUGUA